CUUGCUACGGUUUUUCACUUUUCACAUUUCCGACCAUCCAAGCAUUCUGAUUGAUUUGCAAAGUUUAGUCAACUGAUCAUAAUGCUUGGAUGGCGAGAAAUGAAAAAAAUGAAAAACCGUAAUAAGCUCCCAGUUUUUAAAAUUUAGAGAUGAGCGUUUACAGCAAUCUGUCGGUAAAAUUGUUCAUCCUUAUUCCAAUUCCAUAUUGUUCCUCCGGCGAUCCACCUCUUUAUAGUCACUUAUUAGUUACUAUUACUUCGUGGCUGAAAAAUCCAAGCGCGCUUCAAGCACACUUCAAGUGAGUAAAUAUUGUGGAGUAGAGCUUGGCUAGCCUCAUUUGCUUCCGUUCAAGCUCUCACGUCAAGAAUGCUAGAACAAAAAUCUUGCGGUAUGAACGAGAAAUCAUUUUACAACACUGUUCAAUGUCAAACUUUUUCUGCCGAUGGGAAUUAUUUAUUAGCUGGGAACAUAUAUGGCGACGUUUCUGUCUAUGAGUUGUCUAAGGUACUGGGUCCCUAUCAUGGAGAUGACUGUGAUCCAAGAGGGCCGAAUUAUCAAUUCACUGCGUAUAAACAACAACAAGUUCACAGCAUUAUAGCCACUGAUAAAUUUCUGAUUACCGGAACGGUAGGAGAAAUAUCUGGAUGGGACUGGAAGGUUGUGACUUCUAAUAAAGUAUCUAAAAUUAAAGUUUCCUGGACGAUUCACAUACCAACCGUUAAGGACAGCUACGUUAAGCCAGAUGUCAACUACAUGCUAAUUUCACACGAAGACAACACAUUACAUGCUGGUUGCGGUGAUAAUAAGAUAUAUACGUUCAGCUUAGAAGAUGGAAAAUUACUCAGAACACUUGAAGGUCACGAGGAUUUCAUCCAUGCUCUUUCAAUUUUAGGAAAUCAGCUGGCAUCUGCUAGUGAAGAUGGGUCAGUAAGACUGUGGGACAUGAGAAAAAAAGAAAACACAAAUGUCGUGAAGCCUUUCUUAGCAGACAAAGUGAACAGACCCAAACUCGGCAAGUGGAUUGGAACUGUUGAUUUUACGGAAGAUUGGCUUCUCUGUGGAGGUGGUCCAAAAUUGGCUCUCUGGCACAUGCGAACUAUGGAAGUGGCUACUAUAUUUGACUUACCUGACCAAGGUAUUCACGUUGGAUCUAUUCACGAGGAGAGAAUUAUUGCUGGAGGAGCAAUGCCAAACGUCCACCAUCUCACUUACCAAGGAGAAGUGUUAGCUGAAGUUCCAACAUCGAGCAAUACAAUUUAUUCUAUUGUUCAUCAAGAGAGUCCACAAAAAUUAUUGAGUAUGGCUGGAUCAAGCAAUAAUAUUGACAUUUGUACAAAUUUCAGUUACAGAGAAAUGGUACUGAAAUUUGCUUGACAUGAUAACAAAAUAUUCAAGCACCCUCUAUCAGGAUACAAGAC